AAAUGGGCACCUUACUGGGAUGCUAACCCUCAACUUGCUGAAUCAGAAAGCUGGGAACUCGGGAACUGCAGGGAUGGCCCGCACUAUGGAACCACUGGCAAAGAAGAUCUUUAAAGGAGUUUUAGUAGUUGAACUUGUGGGCGUUUUUGGAGCAUAUUUUUUGUUUAAUAAGAUGAACACAAGUCAAGAUUUCAGGCAAACAAUGAGCAAAAAAUUCCCGUUCAUCUUGGAAGUUUAUUACAAAUCCAUUGAACAGUCUGGAAUGUAUGGAGUCAGAGAGCAAGAUCAAGAAAAAUGGCUGAAUAGCAAAAAUUAAGACCAGUCAUCACGUUCAGCCUCCCAUCUAAGCUGUUUGAGACCUUUGUGGGGAAGAAGAAAGAUGAACACACCAUGUUGUAGACUCCUGGCCCCACAGAACAAAACAGGAACUUCUGGUCUGCUAUGGCUUACUCAUUUCCCAUCCACUAUGCAAAUCCCCUGCUUUUGUUUGUUGCUUUCCUUCUGCAUUUAUUGUUAAAGAUUACUGUUUAACAAAUAAAAUACUAGGUCAACAAAGGAACAAAUACCCUAAAGAUUUUAUUUCCCCUGAAAGCUUUUAUUGGCAAAAGAACAGAAGCCAGUAACAAUAUCAGAAAUUAUGUCUAUAAAGUACUUAUAAAGCUACUAAGCGUACUCACAAUAUAUAAAAACUGCCUCUCUAAAAGAAUUAAACAGUUUAAAGUAACUACAGUCUUUAUUACAAAAUGUUUUUUAUAUUUAUUUUGAGAGAGAGAGGGAGACAGAGUACACAAGUGGGGGAGGGGCA